AUGGAGCAUAUCGCUAAUAAAUCUCAAUUCGAAACAAUCAUUAAACUUAUUAGAGGAACAUACUAUUGGUUAGUUUAGGAAAAAUUUCUAAAAUUAUUCAAAUCGGUUUUUCAGGGGAGAAUGGAGCAUGGAGAAUGAUCAAUUCCAUUUGGUAAAGAUGUCGUCUGAACAAUUGGAUUGUCAAGGAUCCAAACUUAUUGUCUUAAUGGAAGAAUCAUUGAAAAAUCUCAUUGGAUUUAUUAAAGUAAGUAUUAAGAGUUAUUUAUUCUAGAAAAGAACUCAUUAUAUUUCAGAUUGAUCCAAAUAUUUGUUAUGAAGACAAUUCAAAAUUUGUCGAUAAAUGCAUGCAAGUGUGCGAUCAUUAUGAAUUGAGUAUUAUAUUGCACCAAGAUACUGGAUCAACAUUAUUCAAUUCUGAUGAAACGGUUCGAAAUCCGGUACGUUUAUACUUUCAUCAAAAUGUUUAAUAGUGCAUUUUUUGAAAAAUCAAACCGUCAUUAGAAUUGAAUAAAAAAAUUAUAAUAUUGCAACAAAUUUCCAACUUUCUAAUUUUCCAGUUCUCACUUUUCCAAUACAGGUCGGAUGUUUAAAAAAACAUUUGAGACUAAAAAUUCAAGAUUUUCAAUGAAAUUGACAUUUUAAAAUUUGGAACAUUUGAAAAUUUGGAAUAAAACUACAAUUAUGAAAAAGAGCAAUGUUCCGUUUCCCAUCCGCCAACAAAUUCAUUCAUUUUCCAGACAUUGUUAUCUGCAAUCGAAAGACGUGAAACCGUCGAGCCAAUUGAACAACAAAUUGGACAAAUUGACAAAGAAGAAUUUUAUAUGUCACUUGUUGAUCGAACUAUGAGUGUUGAACAAAAAUUGGAGCAGAAAUUGAAUCAAAACUCGGAAAUGGAUAGAUUGAAAAAAUUAUUCAACCAAAAAGCAACAAUAGCGGAAAAAGUGAGUUUACUUUCGAAUAACUAUGGCCAUUUUUUGAAUUGGUCUGAAGAAAUUGGGCCAGGUUUAAUUAAGUGAAUCCGAUUUAGAAGGAUUUUUGAAACGAACCAUGGUGAAAUAUUUUCAAUACAUUUUUUUCGCACCUGGCCCGAUUCAAAAUUUAUUUUGCCAAUUAAAAAACAAACAUUUUCAGAUGGAUAUUGUUCGGAUGUUGAAGAAAGCGGAUUGGACUCUAGAGGACAUGGUUUAUGUCGACCUCAAACCUCGAUUGGGAAAUAAUAUUUUCGACGUGAGUGUACAAUAUUUCGAAAAAUAUUCUCAAUUAUUAUGUUUUUCAGAAAUUGUGGUAUGUGUGGCGGUUUGAGUCGGAUGAAACAUUUCGCAGAAAACUCAUCGAUUUGUCGACAGAUUAUAUUAUUUCAGUUGAUUUGCUGAAAAUAAUUGCGCCCAUGUACAAUGAACAAUUGUACGAUGACGUCAAUUUUUGGUUGGACAAGUUGAGUUCGGAGACAAAUUCGUCUAAAAUUGUUGAUGUGAGUUUAAAAAUUACCCUUUUAUAAUUUUGAUCAAAACUUGUUUUUUUUAAAGGAAAUUCGGGCUUUACGAAGAGAGAAAAGAGAGGAGAAGCAGAAAAAUGAGAAAAAGCCGAAAAAGGAGAAAAGAAAGUGAGUGAAAUCACUUCCACUAUUCAAUCGUCUUUGGGCCAUGAUCAAUUUAUUUGCUCUUUAAUAUUAUUUUUCGUGUUUUUAAUAAAACUUGGUCGCUUUUCAAAAAAGAUUUAAAAAUUAAUUAUAUAUUUUGCAAUUAAAAAAAACUUACACUUUUCCAUUACAAAAAAAAACAAAGAAUUCGAUGUUCAAACAUAGUUAACUCGAAAUCGAUCGAAUUCCGCAUCACAGUCCUCAAGAACUUGAAAUUUUCAUAUUUUUCUUCAAAAUCUCCAUCGUCUCCUUCAUAAGAAUUCUGAUCACCGCGAUUUCCAACAUAAUUUUCGCAAAAAUAAAACAACACAAUAUUUUGUCAUCGUUUCACCAUCACAAAAUGAUGCAAGUGUCCAUUUUAAUCUAUCUGCAACAGAAAAUAAACUUAGAAAAAGCUAUUUCUCGAAAAAAAUCUUCCCUAUAAAAAACGGUCAGAAAAAAUGAAUCUUCGCUGUCCGCAAUGAACACCAUGACGCAAACUUGCACACAUUUUUUUUGGGCAGCUUGCCAAUUUUUCUCAACAGAGCGUAGAUUAAAGGGAGGACGAAUUGUUCGUUUGGGUCUCGUCGCGAUGUGACGCGCUGCUCGAAUGUUUUUCAUUUUCUCUUUUUUUUUUCGUUUUUUCUCUUUUUUCGCCGAGGUUGCGAUCUGGAGGCUGCCGUUCAACUCAGCUUCAGAACAGCAUGAGCGAGAAUUGGAAGAGCUCGAAGCAAUUUAUACAGAAGGGGAAUUCUGAAUCGAGAACAUCCAGAAAUCAGCCUACAAAUAACACUGAAAUCAAAUCAAGUAAGUUUUUGCUUCAAUUUAUUUGUUAAAUUGAAAUCAUAUAAACUUUUUGCAGUUUGGUGAACCUGGAAAUGAUGAUUUUACAGUUGAAUUAAGUAUAAAAUUCACUGAGAAUUAUCCGGAAGGGAUUCCUGAAACAACAAUUGAUGGAAUUGAUGAGAAAUUUGAGGUUACUCGGAUUUUCGAGGCAAUUGAGAAAAUGAAAGCGGUUGCUGAAGAGAAUUUGUGUAUGGUUAUGGUAUUUGCGAUAGUUUCAGCAAUGCAAGAAGAAAUGGAGGAAUUAUUAAAUGUGAAAAGGCGGAGAUUGCUCGAAAUCGAGCAAAAAGUAGGGAAAUGUUGUGACGCCGAAGAGUUUACGCGCUUGGAAGGAGAAAUUCGAUGCGGAGCGGAAGGCGGCAAAUGAGAGUGCGGAGAAGGAGCGAUUGGCUGCGUUGGAUGGCAGGUUGACGGACGGGAAGACAAUUGUUCUUGAAGGGUGCCACUUUGAAUUUGUCGGAUAUGACGUUGAUUGGAGCACAGGAUGAGGUCGAAAUUGAUGAGUCACUUUUUGAUAAAGAGGUGAGUAACUUUUCUGGGAGAGUGGAGGGGGGGGGGGUGGCACAAGGGUAAAAAGAGAACCUUUCCAAGGUAAAACCGCCAUAUUUCGAAUUUGCAAAUUCACGAAUCGCAUCCUUACAAAUUAUUCAUAAAAUUUCGCGCUGACGCGGAUAACUUGCAUGUUUCCAUAUUAACAUUCCAAAUUAUUUAGAUGCCAACUCAAUCGCCUCCAUUUUCGACUGGACCAUGCAAUACAGUAGCGGCAAAAAAGAAAUGCACUAACUGCUUCUGA